AUGCCUCAUACUCUUGUUACGGGUGCCAACUCCUUUGUUGCAGCACAUAUCAUCAGUGCAUUGAUUGCUUCCGGUCACUCGGUGACUGGAAGUGUGCGACGUGCCGCCGCUGGCGAGGAAGUCCUCGAGUGGCAUCCAGAGUGGAAUGAGAAGUUUGAAUAUGUGGUCAUCAGUGACUACGCGGACUCUGGUGUUUGGGAUGAAAUUUUCAAGACAAAUAAGUUCGACCAUAUUGUCCAUGUCGCAGCACCCAUGGUAGAUGACCAAAGCAAUACCGACUAUGACAAGAACUGGCUCUACCCUGCUGUGGAAGGCGGCGGCGCAUGCACCGACUCUCAAAUCGAUCGCAUUAGUGGCAGCAUCAAUGCUCUCACUAUGGGCAGCCCGGAAGAAAAUGCAUCAACUAUUUAUGUUAACGAAUUUUGGAAUCCGAUAACACCGGAGAAAGCGCGUGAAGCGCAGAAUGCUUAUCUCUCCUAUUGCAGCAGUAAGAAAGAAGCUGAGAAGGCAGUGUGGGACUUUGUCAGCUCUUCUUCUCCCCACUUCAGUGUGACGGUCUUACUGCCUGCUCUAAUUUUCGGCCCACCAAUCCAGCCGGUGCGCGGCAUUAACGGAUUGGGCUAUUCCAGCAAUGUUUUCCACAGCCUUUGGAAUAACACCUACUCGGAAGUACCCCCAACCACAUUCCCGAGCUACAUUGAUGUACGCGAUCUGGCUGCCGCCCAUCUGCGGGCGCUUUCCAACCCCGAGGCUGCAAACAGGCGCUUCCUCCUCGGGGGCGAAAAACUCACAUACACAGACAUCGUCAAGACUCUCGCGGAACUUUCUCAAUCUGAUAUCCCGCAGCUAGAGGGCCGAUUGCCCGCUGAGAGUGGCGAGGACGAAAAUGUUGUGUUUGCUAGGAUUGAUGUAGCGGAAGGGAACAGAAUUUUGGGUCUUGAGGGCAAGCUACGAUCGAAGAAAACAACCUUUGGAGAUGCCGCAAAGAGAAUCCUCGAACUGGAACAAAAGUUCCAGGCCAGCAAGUAA